CGGGGAUCCCUUCACCGGCCAGAGAGAGGGUGCCGGCCACCUGCUCACGGUUCUGUCGGUGCUGUGCUUUCAGGUGUGGCAGACGAGAACGCCCUGGCGGAGGAGCGCAUGCGGAGAGGCCAGAGUGCCCUGCCAGCCCAGCCCACCUCUACCCGCUCGCUGAAGCCACCGAGACCGGCCUCAGUGCAAAACGCACCCCCCCACACCUCUGAGGACAGCGAGCAGGGGCGCCUGCGAACCCCUGGGCCCUGGGAGGCCACCACGUCUGCAGCAGGGGUCAAGGAAGGUGGCAAGAGGAAGAAGCAGAAGCACAAAGAGGAGACGAAGAAGAAGAAGUCGGCCAAGGGCAACCACUAGCUGGACUGGCCGGCACGCGCACGCAGCACUCGGCCCCGCGUGCCUGUGCACACCUGUAGGUAGCAGCAUUCACAAGGCCACACUCUUUAAUCAGGAUUAAUAGGAUUUUGGACACAUGUUACACACUGGUCAGGGCAGGAUGUCAGGAGACGGAGUUGAUGAGAUGGGCGGCGGCGAUGGAAGUUUGGGACACAGCCUCGACUUCUUACCAAGUUCUGCUCAGAGCUAAUGCCGCCUGUGUUUUCCUCCUGAGCUGUCACCAGCACCCUGCUGUGACCAGUUUAGCUUCAGAAGUACAGCAAGGGCCCGGCAGGUAACAGUGAUGCUUGCGCUGACUUCUUUCCUGCUGGCGGUGGUGUUUGUGCUGGGAAUGUGCUUGGGGCGAUGCCGUUGCAUUGAGCCAUCAGGGCGCUUCCAGCCUCCGCAGGGCAAGCUGCCAGGAAUUGCUUCAGAUGUGAAAUCGUUUCUUAUAUUUAUUGUUUUAGUUUUAAUCCUCUCCAGGUAACCCAAAUUUAACUUCAAAUAUUAUUCAGUUUUUGCUAAAUUUCAUCCUUUUUUCUUGACUCACAAUUGUUCUUUUUAGCAGAAAAAUCUUUGCUGAGCAAAACCGUGUAGCUUCUGUAGGUUUGGGUAAGCCUAGGGAGCCCUAGGCUACUGCUCACACAACUUGCAAAAGUAAUCCUACAUUGAGCAAGAAGGCUGAACUAAGUAUUUCAGCUCGCAAACGUUGCCUCCUUAAAAAUAAUUACUUUAUUCUGGGUAGAUUCUGCCCCGCUUCCGGGAUUAUCCCAUUUGCAGAACUUGAGGCUUCCUCUCCUGCCCCUGUGAGCACUGGGUGGGUCUGGGUGGGAUCUCACUGCCUUCACCUCUUCCCUGCACCUCCCCUCGAUGACUUUUUUCUUCCUUUUACCUGAGGAUCUGUCGUUGCUUUUCCCUUGUCCUCUAGGCAGUGAAUGAAAAUGCUACAGUUUUAAUCUAGACAGUCCAUGUAGCCAUGCCACAGGCUGGAAGCCAGAAACCAGCAUGGUCCGUGAUCCUGAGGUGACGUUUGUAGGAGAGUGCAGCGUGUGUGUUUGGUUUUGGUGGGGAGGGUGCAGGUGUUCAGGCAGGGAGUGGAUUGUUAUUUGAUGGUUUUUGUGGAAAAUGUAACCCUAAAUGCAUUAUGUAUUUUAAGUGCUACCUACAUAAAUAAAAUGUUAC